AGGAUCCUGUUGUGUAUGGCAGCUUGUCUUGCCUGAGGAACUCCACCAGUGAUUUGUCCAACACCUACACUACUGCUCUAAUGGCCUACACCUUUACCCUGGCAGGGGACAUGGAGACCCGGGCACAGCUUCUGCAGCACCUGGACACGAUCGCAUUACAAGAGGGGGGUCUCCUGCACUGGACUCAGACCUCCUCAGAGACCUCAGCCUCCCUGGCAGUGGAGAUCAGCUCCUACGUUCUGCUGGCUUCACUCAGUGCCUCCCCUCUGUCUACCACUGACCUGGGCUACACCUCCCGCAUCGUCAGGUGGCUGGUGAGGCAGCAGAACGCCUACGGAGGCUUCUCCUCCACACAGGACACAGUGGUGGCCCUCCAGGCCCUAGCUCUCUACUCCGCCAGGGUGUUCAGUAGAGAGGGCACCAGCACAGUGACAGUACAGUCUCCCAGUGGGAGACAGCACCUUUUCGAAGUUAACCAAAACAACAAGCUUCUCUACCAGGAGAGGGCGAUGCAGGACACAGAAGGGAAGUACAGUGUGGAAGUGAAGGGCAGUGCUUGUGCCUCAGUGCAGGUGGCGCUCCACUACAACAUCCCUACUCCUACUGACAGCACAACGCUCAGCAUCAAGGUGAAGCCAGAGGUCGACUGCAACAGCAACUCUUUGAGACCCAGAGUCACGCUAAAACUUCAAUCUCAAUAUCAUGGAAAGGAGCUGACCACCAAUAUGAUUAUAGUGGAUUUGAAAAUGCUGUCUGGUUUUGACCCAGACCCAGAGUCUUUGGGGAGGCUGAGAGGUUCACUUCUAGUGGAUCGUGUCGAUACUAAAGAUGACCAUGUGUUAAUGUACUUGAGAGAGUUACCGUCACUAUUCCAACCUUUCAACCACACCCUGGACAUCAUACAGGAGCUCCCAGUACAGAAUCUAAAGCCUGCAGUGGUCAUGAUCUACGACUACUACCAGCCAAGUGACCAGGCAGAGACAGAAUAUGUCUUCCCUUGCAAGUAGCGGUUACAAGCUGGUAAACUAUCUGGAAUUAUUGAUGUAAGAAGAAAAUGACAUUAACAGAGGUCACACAUGCAACCCUUGAGGCAUCUUUCAAGAUCUCAAGUAAAGGAUGUAACUUACUGGAAUUAAAGUUUUUCAUUAAAACUCUA